GUUCAAGCCCCUCUACUUGACCAAGUUUACCGUUUGAUUUCCCUUGUCUGGCUAAUUACUCAUUUGUUGACAAUUAUUGUAUUUGACUGUUGGGUUCUAGCCUCCUCUCAUGAGGCCCCAUCUCGGCGCGUUGCCUACCGCGGCACGCCUGCGCAUGUCCAACUUUGCGCAAGGCGGACGGACGGUAUGUCGCGCUUGUAACUAUGCUCGGACGGCGGAAAUCGUGAACACAGGCCUUGUCCGUCCGACGGGGUUACAGUCUACUCUGGGGAGUUCGAUAAUCGGAUCCGGGGGCCAGCAAAAAAGAUGGAUCACUCAGAAUUACGUCCGACGCACCAAGGAAGCGGAGCAGGAGUGGGCGCAAUUCGCAGAGGAGAUCAAAGCUGGGAAGAGACAGAGUUUUGUGGAACACUUGGAGGAGAGAGGAUUGAUCCAUGAUGUCGUUGGAGAACGAGACAUUCUUCAUCGUGUCUUCACGGAGAAAAGAGCGGGGAUCUACGUGGGCGUGGACCCAACGGCUCCGUCUUUGCAUGUCGGUCAUAUGCUGCCGUUUAUGGUUCUGGCUUGGGGUUAUGUGUGGAAAUUGCCGGUUACGUUCCUGCUGGGUGGUUCUACUUCCCGGAUUGGAGAUCCUACAGGCCGAUUGAAGGGACGGGAGCAGGUUCACUCGUCGGUUCGGAAAGCAAACAUGGCGAGCAUGCACAUGCAGCUCAAGAAGCUGGGCAUGAGCAUCGAGAAGUACGGCGAGAGACACGGAUACAAGAAGACAUGGACUUCGCGACGGGCCUUGACCAACAACAACAUGUGGUGGAACGGACUCCCGUUCCUCGAGGUGCUCCGGGACUUGGGCUCCCUCGUGCGCCUGGGCCCCAUGCUCGGCAGAGAUAAUGUCAAAACCCGACUACAAGGCGACGGCAUGUCCUUUGCGGAGUUCUCAUACCCCCUUAUGCAGGCAUGGGAUUGGUGGGUGCUCUUUCGCAAGGGUUGCCAAGUGCAGGUGGGAGGCACGGAUCAGUACGGAAACAUCCUUUUUGGAAUGGACGCAGUCAAGCAAAUCAGCAAAACCACCGUUCUGGAACAGGAACGGAACCCCUUGACCGACGACGUGGACAAGCCGAUCGGCUUCACUACGCCCUUACUGACGGCCCCGUCUGGGGAGAAGUUUGGCAAGUCCGCGGGGAACGCGAUCUGGCUCGAUAAGGACAUGACGUCCACUUUCGAGCUGUACCAGUUCUUCGUCCGGACGCCCGACAACGUCGUUGAAAGUUACCUGAAGAUGUUUACUUUCCUGCCCGUGCCCGAAAUCGCGAAGAUCAUGGAGGAACAGAACAAAGACCCGUCCACACGCGUUGCCCAGCAUGCCCUGGCCGCGGAAUUCGUGGAACUCAUCCACGGCAAAGAAGAGGCCGACACGUCCCCGGUCUUCGGCUUCUCGAACCCCCAAUCGGGGAACAAGUACGCGCCUCAAACCAAUUUCGCCAACAUGCCAAGCGUGAACGUCACGCUUCCGCGGUCUCUGGUCUACGGCCAGACUUUCAACAAGAUCCUCUGGUCCGCCGGCCUGGUGACGUCCAAGGCGGAGGGCUUCCGGAUUGUGAACAACAAGGGUGCGUACGUGGGAAGCCGCCCGGGUAACAGCGGGGCCAUGGAGGAUCAAUUGACGUUCACGCCCAUCACGAGCUGGAAAGCCGAAGAGACGGAGAAGUUCAUCCACGACGGCACUCAUCUGUUCCUCAAGCUGGGCAAGUGGAAGUUCAAGAUCGUGAACAUCGUCAGCGACGAGGAGUUCAAGGCGCGUGGGCUGACUGCGCCCGGGUGGGAACCCGAGUCGGACGCAUCCCAGUCCGACAAGACCACCCCCGAGAAGACGGAUUAAGGUAACCCUGCAGUUGACGAAAAGACAAGCAUGAUCGUCUGGCGGAGCAGUUGACCGGAGACGAGCAAGGCGUUCUGGUAACCCUGGCCAUUUUGCCACCUGAAACUAUACUGUAUUUCUAGACCUGUAGCUCUGUUGAUAAGCCACAU